UAGCGCCCUCAAUCGGUAGGUAGUGAGCAAUUCCAAGAUGGCGGCGCCCAUGAGAGUUUGUGAUGCCGUUUCUCACAGGAAUCUCGGUUGCAUUUCUGCAGUUGUUCGCUACCUUUUCUUACUUAUUGCAACACUGCAGGUAGGGCGCAUAUCGGGCAGCGGUUCAGACAGCGACGAGUGGGAAGCAUUCCUACUGUGUCGUCAGUGUGGUCAUGAGGUCACCCAGGCAACCGAUCUAAUCAGACGGACAAGUGACCUUUCGCUGCACCAACGGAAUGACACCAUUCUGGGCGUGGACAAUGUUUUAAUUCAACUCUUUAAAAAUCCUCAAGGCAGAGUGUUUGAGCUCAUCACAGCUAAACAGGCUGAAGUGAUAAAAGCUGAACAGGCCUUUGCGGAGCAUAGCUGGUUCCCUACCUACUCAUGGCGGAUAGUGUCGUGUCCACAUUGCAGGGCGCACCUUGGCUGGUCCUUUGAACCCCAUGGACAUAAAGAUGGCACCCAAGACACAGAGGAAACAUUUUAUGGAUUAAUUCUGAAUCACCUGAUACACCAGGAAUAUGCUGAUUCUCUUCUUAUGAUGCCCAAAAUGUAUGGAAGGUGACAGCGCAAUGCAUCAGCGAUCCAGAAGAUUUAACCGGGUGGGAUGGGGUGUGAGGGGUGGGGUGGGGUAGGGGUUGGGUGGGGUGGGGGUUAGAGAGGAGCUUAUUGUUGGUCAGUCAAAGGGUUGGAGAUCUUUAAAGAUCCUUUGUGUUUAACACUCAACAGUUUUGCAUAAAGGGGGCCGAGGUAAAAUAUAAUUGUUAUACCUCUUGAAUACUUGGAUACUGUAUUUUUAUUGGCCUAGAACGAUCACGUGUUAAGUUUAUACAAAAGUCACGGCACACUCCCUGUGGGAUAUCACAUGACUUUGCACGUGCGGUACGCACUGUGUGAAACGCUGGUAUCGUUGGUACCCACGCUAUUUUCACCAUGUUUUCACACGAGUGGGAGCAGUGAACUAGCAGACGAUCAGCUGUUUCGAGCACGCGACAUGCAUGUGAGUUGACGUUCGAUUGCCAUGAUUGCUGUGUUUAUUGCUGUUUGUUUUCGUGAUUUUCACUUCACAAUCCAACGAAUCCAAGACAGAGGUAUAAAAAAAACAGUUGUCGACUGC